ACGCCCGCGGCGGCGCGUGGGACGUGAGGUGGUCUCCCUGGCGUUCUUGGCCUAGCUCCGGGUAUAGGACGUUCCCAGGUCUGCGCGUUCUCCUCUGGUCCCCCCACUCCCCGCCGCUCCCCGGCACUAUGGGCGACAACACCAGCCCCAUCAGCGUGAUUCUGGUGAGCUCGGGCAGCAGGGGCAAUAAACUGCUGUUCAGGUACCCCUUCCAGAGAAACCAGGAGCACCCGGCGUCCCAGACAAAUAAGCCACGUAGCAGAUAUGCUGUUAACAACACUGGUGACCAUGCUGAUGACCAGGACGGUGACUCCAGCAAGCCAUGUCCUCCAACCUAUGAGCAGUUGGUUGCAGGGUUUUCAGAUGCUAUUCUGGCAACAAUUUUGGCAACCAAGUCUGAAAUGUGUGGCCAAAAAUUUGAACUGAAGAUCGAUAAUGUGCGGUUUGUUGGUCACCCGACACUGCUGCAGCAUGCUCUGGGGCAGGUCUCCAAAACAGAUCCAUCUCCGAAGAGAGAAGCACCUACCAUGAUUCUUUUUAAUGUGGUAUUUGCGCUGAGGGCUAAUGCGGACCCAUCUGUGAUAAACUGUCUGCACAACCUAUCCCGGCGCAUUGCCACUGUGCUGCAACAUGAGGAGCGCCGCUGCCAGUACCUCACCCGAGAGGCCAAGUUGAUCCUUGCACUACAGGAUGAGGUGUCUGCUAUGGCCGAAGCAAAUGAAGGUCCUCAGUCUCCAUUCCAUCACAUCCUGCCCAAGUGCAAGCUGGCCAGAGACCUCAAGGAAGCUUAUGACAGCCUGUGUACAUCUGGUGUGGUGCGACUCCAUAUCAACAGCUGGCUAGAAGUGAGCUUCUGCUUGCCUCACAAGAUCCAUUAUGCUUCUUCCAGCCUGAUCCCUCCUGAAGCCAUUGAACGGAGCCUGAAAGCCAUCCGCCCAUAUCAUGCCCUGCUGUUGCUCAGUGAUGAGAAGUCCCUGCUGAGUGAGCUGCCCAUUGACUGCUCCCCAGCUCUGGUACGGGUAAUCAAGACCACAUCUGCUGUGAAGAACCUGCAGCAGCUAGCCCAGGAUGCUGACCUGGCCUUGCUGCAGGUUUUCCAGCUUGCAGCUCACCUGGUAUAUUGGGGCAAGGCUGUCAUCAUCUACCCACUGUGUGAGAACAAUGUCUACGUGCUAUCUCCUAAUGCCAGCGUGUGUUUGUAUUCUCCACUGGCUGAGCAGUUCUCCCACCAGUUCCCAUCCCAUGACCUGCCAUCUGUCCUGGCCAAGUUCUCCUUGCCCGUCUCCUUGUCGGAGUUCAGGAACCCUCUGGCCCCCCCUGUGCAGGAGACCCAGCUCAUUCAGAUGGUGGUAUGGAUGCUCCAGCGCCGUCUCCUCAUCCAGCUGCACACCUAUGUCUGCCUGAUGGCCUCACCUAAUGAAGAGGAGCCCCGCCUACGGGAGGAAGAUGUCCCUUUCACUGCCCGGGUUGGCAGCCGCAGUCUCAGCACACCCAACGCCCUAAGCUUUGGCUCCCCAACCAGCAGCGAUGACAUGACCCUCACUAGCCCCAGCAUGGACAACUCCAGUGCAGAGCUGCUCCCUAGCGGAGACUCACCACUGAACAAGAGGAUGACAGAGAACCUCCUGGCCAGCUUGUCAGAGCAUGAACGGGCAGCCAUCCUCAGUGUGCCUGCAGCCCAGAACCCUGAAGACCUCCGCAUGUUUGCCAGGCUCCUUCACUACUUCCGAGGCCGCCACCACCUGGAAGAGAUCAUGUACAACGAGAAUACUCGGCGCUCUCAGCUGCUCAUGCUCUUCGACAAGUUCCGCAGUGUGUUGGUGGUGACCACCCAUGAGGACCCCGUCAUUGCUGUCUUCCAGGCACUGCUCACAUGAGCCCAGGAUGAUGCAGAAAAUGCUGCAGUGUAUGGGAUGGCAUUAGCCUCUCCUUCCCUAGGUUUCCCUGCAUACCAGGCCUGAGCCUUCUUAGCCCUGAGGCAUGGCACAGGCAGAAGGCCAGCAGGGCUGUCCUCGCUCUAGUUUAGCAGUAGCUGUGGGGCCACCACUCUGCUCUUAAUCUGUCAUCUAGUCCUUCCAACAGAUGUAGCAUCACCAAGCUGUGGGGCACUUCCAGGACUCAUGAGAAAUGAGUCCUUCCAUGUGUACACAGGCUCUGGGUUUCUUUCCCUCUUCCCAACCCUAUCCAUGUUUCCUAUCCUCUGUGCCAUAUGACUACCCUGGGAAAUGUGCAGAAACACUUGUUUGAUUCACUCCAGCCUCUCUGAUAGCCUGUAGCAAGUGAGGUCUGAGUGCCUGGCCCAUCUUAGGUGGCCCCUUCCUCUGUCACUGCUGCUGUUCAUUGUGCACUUCAUUCCUCUCAGCUUGCCAUGAAUGUCCCAGCCUGGUCCCUGCCAUAGCCCUCCAUAUGUCACCUGCAGGCCCAGCUAGGCCAUCACCUGAUCAUUUGAAGACGAAGGUUAGGCCCACCUGGGCUGCAGCAGCUCAUGACAGGUGGUGUUUAACAUGCUAUGAGGGGUACGUAUGCACU